AUGGCCAACCCCCAAACCCCAUCCACCGGUGCCGGCGCCGGCGCCGACAUCCUCACACCCAACACCAACGCCUCCAACCUCAAGCCCAUCACCAAAAUCAGACUCCUGCCCUCCAAGCCCAUCCUCACCCCGCCCACAACAACAGGCACAACCACCCCGAAGCCCGGCACCAAGCCCAAGGCUAUCAAGCUCAAGCUCAAGGCCUCGUCUUCCUCGUCUUCAGCCUCCGCCGCCAGUCGCCGCCGGAAACUCCACCGCCACGAAAACGUCGCGGGCUCCCGUCGUUCCUCUGAGCCUGGUACUCCGGUAUGCCCAGCCGUAGCAGCAAGCCUAGCAUCAACAGGCACAGAGGUAACAGAGUCAACAGUCUCAGAGACGCCGACCCCAGAGGCACCAGCAACAGCACCACUCACAACCUACGCCUCACCCUUCACCUCCCUCUACACCACCAACGCCCGCGUCGACCACUGGCUCAACCAGCAAGUCGCACUUCACGCGGCCCGCGUAUCCCCCUUCUCCGCCUUCUCUGCGGCGGCGGCGAUUGCCAACCCCAAGAAGAAGCCGAGGAUCCUCAUCUCGACGCGGAAUCUCGCGUGGAUGAGAGCGGGUCCCGCUUACGAGUUGGAAGGAGAAGCAGAUGAGGCCUAUUACCAAGAUUGUGUUGAGUCCGAGUUGGAGUCAAUACAGGAGAAGAAGAAGAAGAAAAGGCACGAGGAACAAUGUCUUGUCUUAUCGGAAGCAUACGGUAUACCACACCCAUGGGGCGUUACGGCAUCAGAAACGACUACAGAACGGGUUCCCACAUAG